AAGUAAGCGGUGUUCCCCACCAGCACUUCCACAUGUUGCAACGUUAGUAAGCUUAAAUCUUAUUGUGUGGUGGAUCGGGGCAGUAUUUAGUAUAUGAUUGAGACGAUUUCUUUGUCCCAAGAAAGAAGUUCAUUUGGAUCCACUGAAAUCUGAAUGAGGAAGGGAACCGAAGGAAGAAAAAAGUGGUUUGAACCGUGUUCGUGGUCUGUACUUGACUGUCACAAAACGAUAUGAAGAACUUAGAGCUGUUGAGAUGUGUUCCUGUGACGGAAUUGGGAAGUUUUUCCUCUCCACCGUCUUGUCUAACUGUAGAUUGUGAUACUGGAAUAAUUUAUACGGCAUCAACAGUUGAGAUUAUUGGACUACAACCCGAAUCACAAGAGGUUGUUGUCACAUCAUCUCUUGCGACCAAUGACUACUUUCCUGACAACAACAGCAAUGUUAUUGGAAUUCAGCAUUUACCAGACUUGGAAUCUGUCUGUGUCUGCAUGGGUAGUGGAGAUGUGCUGCUUUAUAAUACUCUUACUCAACAGACUGAGUGUGUUGGUUCAACAGACAGUGGCAUCAGCUGCAUGGCCUGGAGCCCAGAUCUGGAGCUGGUGGUGUUCACCACAGGUGAAAAUACAGUGAUCAUGAUGACCAAGGACUUCGAUCCCAUCACAGAAUUUCCCAUCCACACAGCAGAGUUUGGGCAAGAUGAGCCUAUCAAUGUUGGCUGGGGGAAGAAGGAGACACAAUUUCAUGGAUCUGCAGGAAAGCCCUCCACAGAAACACUAAAACCAGUGACUGUCACCCCUUCAUUUCCCUGGGAUGAUCACCAUUGUCGCAUCAGUUGGAGAGGAGAUGGCCAGUACUUUGUCGUCAGUGCUAUAGAACCAGCUACAGAUGCUCGCAAACUGCGUGUUUGGAGCCGUGAGGGCGUGCUUAUGACAAGCAGUGAGGAAGUUGAUGGACUUGAACAAUCACUUUGCUGGAAACCAUCGGGCAGUCUCAUUGCAUCAACACAGCGCAAGCCACACAGACACGAUGUGGUGUUCUUCGAGCGGAAUGGGUUACGCCAUGGAGAAUUUACCCUACCUUUUCAAAGGAUGGGAGUUAAGGUUAUCGAGAUGCAGUGGUCGACAGACUCAACAGUUCUUGCAAUUAGAAUAGAAGAGAUGCUUCCUGAAGAUCGUCAAAAUGCCAUCCCACGGUCAUACAUUCAGCUAUGGACUGUCAAUAACUACCACUGGUACCUAAAGCAAGAGCUUGCUUUCCCGGCCUCCGCUUCUGACCGGGUAGCUUGCUUCUCCUGGGACCCAGAGAAUGCGCUAAAGCUUCACCUUAUAACAGGAGGAGGGCAGUAUGCGAGCUAUGAGUGGACUUGGAGCACACUGCACAGUCAGAGCCACUCUACUCACAAUAUUUCCACUGUUGCUGUCAUUGAUGGAGCCAAUCUCCUCCUGACUCCCAUGAAGUACAUGGUGGUUCCUCCUCCAAUGGCUGCCCAGACGGUUGCCAUGCCGGCUGCCAUUCAAUCAGUGACGUUUGCUCCGCCCCCUGCAUGUAAUGACAUGGCAGUACUACUGUCCAGCGGUGAUAUUGCUAUUCUUAGGAUGCCUUCAGCACCAGCAGAGUUUAUACCUCCGGGUUCUCCACCACGACUACAGGGUGUUUACAGCAUAAUCGAUCCUGACCUCCCUGGCUUGUGGCGCGGCCCAGGCGCACUGCAUCACGUAACCUGGUGGCGAGAUGACAAAUUAGUAGGCGUGGUCUGGAAUGCCAUGUCGCAAAGUGACGCCCUAUGUGAGAUCACCAUCAAAGACAAGGGGGAGGGGGGCACCGAGCUGGUUGUCAGUCAUGUUACUGAGUUGGAUGAGCCCGCCAUGAGAGUGACCAGUAAUCCUGAUACGGGUUCAUUAGCUAUUCAGCUAGUCAGCGGUGUGAUCUUAAAGUACAAUUCAGAUAAAGAUGGAGCCAGAGUGAGCCAAUGGUUAAAUGAAAUCGGUCAGCAGGUUUCCCUUCCACAGACAUGCGUGCAAAUGCGUAUCGCGCAAAUAGGCAACAAGGAGAUCAUCCUUGGCCUGACCAGCCACUACAGAUUAUACGCUGACGACAAAGAGGUUGCGACAAACUGCACAUCGUUUGCUGUACAUGACGAAUUUCUGCUGCUCAGUACGCAUGCUCACACGUGCCGCUGCAUCAGCUUACUGCCAUCCAGUCAAGGACUGCCUGUUCUUCUUGAAGACAAGCCGAAUGCCCUCGAUGAGUCGAUACGCAGAGUGGAGCGUGGCUCGCAGAUCGUUGUAGCUGUCACGCAAGAUACAAAAGUGAUCCUACAGAUGCCUCGUGGAAACCUGGAAACCAUCCAUCCUCGCGCCCUUGUUACCUCUUAUCUGAAGAAAUGUCUUGACAGUUUGGAAUAUAAAAAUGCAUUCAUGACCAUGAGGCGGCAUCGCAUUAACCUUAACCUGAUUUACGACCACAAUCCUGAGCUAUUCCUGGCGAAUAUCGAGACUUUCCUAAAGCAAGUGGAAUCCGUUGCAUUUAUUAAUCUGUUUUUGUCAGACCUAAGGGACGAAGAUACGACUAUCACGAUGUAUGGCGGUUUUUAUCCAUGUGCAACUAAACGCGGUAGCAGUAGCGACAAGACUAAAAUUGAUACUGUAUGCGAUGCAUGCCGGGAAGCCUUGCAAAACCUUGGAAAGGAAAAGUAUUUACUUUCCAUUCUGACGUCUUACGCAAAGAAGACUGAGCCGGAACUAGAGACCGUUCUUUCAAUUAUCCGUGACUUGAAAAAUAAACAAGCUGACACGUCACUUGGUGUGACGUCAGAGGAGGCGUUGAAAUACGUCUUGUUUCUCGUGGACGUCAAUCAGAUGUUCGACGUCGCGCUUGGGAUGUACGACUUCCAACUCGUCUUGAUGGUCGCCGAGAAAUCGCAGAAGGACCCGAAAGAGUAUCUCCCAUUUCUCAACAACCUUCGUCAGAUGGAAACCAACUAUCAGCGGUACAUGAUUGAUAAACAUCUGAAAAGAUUCACUAAAGCGAUAAAAAACCUCAGCUUAUGUGGUUCAGAACAUUUUCACGAGCUUGUCACGCUUGUCAAGGAGAAGUCGCUAUACAAAGAGGCCCUCAAGCUGUACUCUAAAACCACCAAGGAAUAUCAGGAUAUAUCUAUUUGUUAUGGUAAACAUCUAUUUGAAAAGAAGAAAUACGAAGAAGCCGGAAUUGUAUUUUCUCGCGUCGGCGCCCACAGUCAAGCACUGGAGGCUUUCCAGCGGUGUUGUUCAUGGCGUCAUGCGUUCUGUGUGUCUUCGCAACUUGAAGAGACUGAGGAAAAGAAGAUGGAACGGGCGCGAGGGAUGGCGGCCUAUCUGAAGGAGCACCACCGGUUCACGGAAGCCGCCACUGUGUUAGAAGACUACGCCAAGGACCCUGAAGAAGCAAUCGUGUCACUCUUGGAUGGGAGUGAAUGGGACGAGGCACUUCGAAUGAUUUACAAGCAUAACAGAGUAGACAUCAUCGAGACGAAUCUGAAACCGGCACUUGUUGAAGGAUGUCGCAGUGAACGCAGUACUACCGCUCAACACAGCGAGAACUUCACGAAGUACAAGGAACGGCUACACAUUGUUCGAGAGACGAAAGAGCGGCUCAGAAUAGAGUUAUUAGAAAAUGGGACACUGAGGGAUGAUACCGACGCGGACAUUUUCUCGGACACCAGUAGUAUCACGGGCCAGUCCGGAUUUGGGUCCAGUGUAGGCUCCAAAGGAACUCGCUCUACUGGUCGUUCUUCUAAGACUCGGCGAAAGUCAGAGCGCAAAAGGUACAGUCUUAAAGAAGGAAGCCCUUACGAGGACAUCGCGCUACUUCACGCGCUAGCGGAGAUUGUCACACACGUGGACAAGGCUAAAGAACACGUGACAUCCCUGCUUCGUGCUCUGGCGCUGUUUGGCUUCGAUUCAGAGGCAGACGCACUGCAGAAGGAGUUUCAUGUGUUGGUAACCCUGAUUGAGGGGUCGCUAAGCGAUAUUUGGUUGCCUCAGGAGAUCAGUUCUACUGAACAAACAAUUGUUCAGGCAAGCGGCCCCGGAGCGACAGUCAACAGUAUUAUAGCAGCUAUGAACCAGUCUCCCUCCGCCAACCAAACACAGGAAAAAGCGUCACCUGAGGCACCAAAGAUGCCUGUCACACGGAAGGACUUUUCUUGGAAGCUAGACCAGUUAACCAUUUGACCAGGUGAAAGUUACGCCAGGUACUUAGUAAUAUGGUUUUAACUGCGAUUUUUUCAAUAUUGUUUAAGCUCUCGUCAAUAAUUUCAAACUGUCAACCUUCUGUCCUUCAAACUAACGGAAUUUUAAAUUUUGGCGAAUUUGGUAUUUUGUUUACAAGCAAACACAAGGACAGUAACGUUAUAAAAGUUGUAAUGUACAUUUUGGAAGAGAAAUUUGUUAGUCACUGUCGGUGAUAAAUUGGACGAUAAAUUUCUCAGGGAAGGCAAAAACCAUGAAUGGUAAAAAAGGAACGUGGACAUUUGUCUAAAUUGAAUGCAGGGCCACCCUCAAUCAUGAUAUAGUAAACUUAUACCGUAUUUAAGAUUUAGAAAUCCUGAAAUAAGUAAAAAAAAAAAGACAUGAGGACGA